UUGUUCUCUUGUUUACGUCAUGCAUAGCAUGCAUGACCUCUUGAAGUGUUGCCCAGCACGGUGUUUUGCUGUGUAUGCCAUAGCGCUACGCCACACGAAUUUAAGCUGGUACGUAGACACAGUUUUUCAAAAUAUAGCGAGCACAGCACAGCAGUCUUCACCAGUCUUUCAGUGUAUAGUUAGCAUGAUACGCAAAAUCAUCGCAGAAAUUUUACACGUUAACGACAAUAUAAGUGAGAAAGAUGGAAUCCAGCAAUAUGUUUGAUUCUGCUGUUAGAGUGGAAGAAGAAUAUACUAAUGCGUUGCUUCUUGAAAAUAUUUGUCACGUGAUUGACGAGAAACCUGAUCUUAAACAUUUCCAACUCUUACCACUUCUACCAGAAAAUUUAAUCCAUACGCUCCCAAAAUGUGACAAUAAACUUGAAAAAGAACUUGAUGACAAAGUAGAAAUAGUUGUUGAAUGUGAAGACGUAAAGCCAAAUAUUAAUUUAUUGUCAGUGAAGAAAAUUGACGAUGAUUCUCAAAAUCAUUUGCAGAUUACUAAAAAUGGCGAUAUUUGUAAAGAUCGAAACAAAAUAAAAAUAGAUCCCGCGGAAGAAGUGAAACAAGAAUUUGUUGGUGACGAUGCCGGAGAAUUGAAUUUCAAUUUCAACUGCGAACAUGUCGAACAAAAUAGACAAAGAAGAACUCAAAAAAGGAUUAAUAACAAACAUAACCUCAAAACAAACAUCGAUACGGCGCAUAAUAAUAAAACCAACGCAUGUAAAAUACGUGGAAAGAAAUUGGCAAAUAAGCCUAAUCUGGAUAGGCAUGUCAUAUCAUCACAUAAUCACAUCACCUACGCGUGUAAUAUAUGCGGAAAGAAUUUUUCAACUAAAGGUAAUCUGAGUAGGCAUGUCAAAUCAUCACAUGAUCACAUAACCCACGCAUGUGAAAUAUGCGGUAAGAAAUUUUCACAUAGGAGUAGUCUGAGUAGGCAUGUUACAACAUCACAUAAAUGUAUUAUCCAAGCAUGUGAAGUAUGCGAAAAGACGUUUACUCAGAAAAAUCAUCUCAAAACCCACAUUGACGUGAUGCAUAAUGGUGUCACCCACGCAUGUGAAAUUUGUGGAAAGAAAUUUUCAAAUAAAAGUAAUGUCAAAAAACACAUUGUUCAGGUGCACACUCGUAUAAAACACACAUGCGUCACAUGCGGAAAGAUAUUUUCAUGUAAAGGUAAUCUCAAAACUCAUAUUGAUUCCGUGCAUGAUAAAAUUGCUCACAGAUGCGAUAUAUGCGGUAAGAAAUACUCACUGAAGAGUGAUCUCAUAAAACACAUUGAUGUGAUGCAUAAUGGUGUCAUCCACGCAUGUGAAAUAUGUGGAAAGAAACUGUCAAAGAAGAGUAAUCUCAAAAAACACAUCGACGCAAUGCACAAUGGUAGUGAUGCUGAAGUAGAGCCCAAGAUACUAGAAUUAAAAAAACGUCUACAGAUUGCAAAAGAGACGUUUCAACCUCUUAUAAUAGCGGUGGGCAGAAAUCUUACAAGUAUAGAGUCCUACCAUAUAGCUGUGAAUGAUCAGUUGUACGAGUUAAGUAACUGUUUAGAAACAGUUGUAGUUGCUUUGAAAAUAUUUUUCAGUUUAGACUGUGAGUACCCCGAAAAUACGCAAGUAAUUUGGAAGUUCUUACAACAAGUUUUGUUAAAUAUUAAGGAAGAAAAGAGUAUGAAAACUCGAGCGAACUUUAUGAUCACAUUGUAA